ACCCGGACCAAUUACUGCUGCGAAAAGUAAUUAGGGAGCAGGACAAGGAGUAAAAAUCAGGAUGGACGGAAGAGGAGGAUAAAGAAUUUUAAGCAACACAGGGAUUUGUAGACUAGAGAGAGAGAGAGCAGCACGCAUUGUCAUUUUGCACACAUAUGUCCUAAAAUGGACACCGUACCCACUCUAACAAAUCUUAGUCGCAUGGAUAUGACGUCACAGCCUGCUCAAUGUCACUUCGUUUCUCUAGGUAGCUAGAACUCAUAGUGGAUCCCUUUUCUACUAUAAAUAUGAGUUUAGGACUUCUGGAAUCGCAGUUAAGGCUGAAGGUCUUUGGCAGACUGCAAGUAAUUCGGCAACAUUUGCUGUGGGAAGAAGAUCCUGAAACCUAUCUGGUGAUUAUUAAAGGAGUUGGGGGCAAAGCAUUCUGUGCUGGUGGGGACAUCAGAGCUGUUACAGAUGCAGGAAAAGCUGGAGACAGACUUGCGCAAGAUUUUUUCAGAGAAGAAUAUAUUCUAAACAAUGCUAUUGGUACUUACAAGAAACCUUAUGUUGCAUUAAUUGAUGGAAUAACAAUGGGAGGUGGCGUGGGUCUGUCAGUCCAUGGACAUUUCAGAGUAGCAUCUGAGAACACUCUCUUUGCAAUGCCUGAGACAGCAAUAGGGCUGUUUCCGGAUGUUGGAGGAGGGUACUUUUUGCCUCGACUUCCUGGGAAGCUCGGCUUGUAUCUUGCACUUACUGGAUUCCGAUUAAAGGGAAGUGAUGUACAGAAGGCUGGAAUUGCAACCCACUUUGUUGAAUCGGAAAAGAUUCCAUCCCUUGAACAAGAUCUUGUUGCCAUGAAGUGCCCUUCGAAAGAGAACGUUGCUGAUGUGCUGGAUUCUUAUCAUAAUAAGAGUUAUGCUGCUCAGGACAAGCCAUUUGUACUUGCCGAACAUUUGGACAAGAUAAACAGCUUAUUCUCUGCCAGCAGUGUAGAAGCAAUCAUUGAAAAUCUGAGAUGUGAUGGCUCUUCUUUUGCAUUGAAACAGCUUCAGACACUUUCCACUAUGUCGCCAACAUCCUUAAAAAUUACGUUCCGGCAGCUCAAGGAAGGUUCUUCCAUGUCAUUACAAGAGGUACUUACUAUGGAGUACCGACUUAGCCAGGCCUGCAUGAAAGGAUACGAUUUUUAUGAAGGUGUAAGGGCUGUUUUGAUUGACAAAAACCAGAAUGCCAAGUGGAAUCCUGAGUUAUUAGAAGAAGUGACAGAUGAUUAUAUAGAUAGCUAUUUCACAUCCCUUGGAAACAGUGACCUCAAGCUGUAAUCCAGACAAUUUUCCCUAAAUAAAAAAAAUCUGAUUUAUUUUGUAUGGAUAUUUAUGGGUUUUUUUUAUCAGUUUUUGGGUUUGUAAACUUGAGAUUGUUUUUCUAAUUCGAAUAAAUUCACAUUUUGAAUGUUUGCUUAUUUAUUAAUUAAAGAAACCCUGUUCAAAUAAAAAAACUGAAAUACCUUGAAUUUUCAAGUUUACAAACUUGAAUAAAACUCAAAAAACUAGAAAAUUUCGAAUUGAAAAUAUGGCUUGACUCUGCCUAGGACAACUCCCAUUGACUUCUAUAUAAGCAAGUUUUAGAUGGCAAAGUUUUCCCAUUUUAGUUUUCACUUUUUUCGCAUUUAAUAAACAGUUGAGCUUUCGAAACAAAAUUAGAAAUUGUUUGAGUUUUAACCCUGACAAAACUCAAAAUGUAUAAAUGUGGGAGCAGAUGUAAAUAUAAAAUCGUUCACAAUAAAUUUGGUAUUCAUUUAA